AUGACAAAGCACUGGUCCGAGCACUGCCUCUUGGCACAACCUCUGUCCCACCUGGGAGACCACUGCGAGCCUCACCUUGACAUCCACAGAAAUGCACAUCACAGCGGAGUAGCACGGAGCUGUCCUACCCCGCACUGGUCUGCGCCUCUCCUGGUCCCCGCGGGUCCCACUCCGCUGCAGGAGGCUCCAUCUCGGCCCAAGCACCUGAGCUUAACUCCCAUGGAGAACAGUGCGCCCCGGGAGUCAGCCUACCUCACCCCGGAGGAUGGAGGCUUUAAGCCGGACACAAUCGAGGCGGACGCGUGGAGCAACGAUCAGGAGAAUAAAUCUAAACCGGCUGGAAAAAAGAAGAACUACCAAAGAUACCCCAAACCCCCGUAUUCUUAUCUGGCGAUGAUUGCAAUGGUCAUUCAGAGGUCUCCAGAGAAGAAACUGACGCUGUCCGAGAUCUUAAAGGAGAUCAGCACUCUCUUCCCAUUCUUCAAAGGAAAUUAUAAAGGCUGGAGGGAUUCUGUGCGACACAACUUGUCUUCAUAUGACUGCUUUGUCAAGGUUCUGAAGGACCCCAAUAAGCCUCAGGGUAAAGGAAACUUUUGGGCCGUGGAGUUGAGCCGGAUUCCUCUGGAGCUGCUGAAGCGGCAGAACACAGCGGUCUCUCGACAGGAUGAGACCAUCUUUGCACAGGACCUGGCCCCAUACAUCCUCCAAGGCCACAAGAUGGAGGCCGAGGCGCCAGCUCCAGAGCAGGUCACCUCUCUGCCCCCCAUGCACCCAAGAACACUGACCCCACCUCAGGAUGACCUCUUCCGGCCUAAACUGGACUCGUCCUUUGCCAUAGAUUCUCUUCUGCACAGCUUCCGUCCGUCCAGUGGCACAGGAGAGGUACAAGUGCCCAAAGACUGUUGGAGUGAGGUGGAGCGGCCCAGGGGCUCCCCUCCUCGCCCCCGUUAUGCCUCCUCCACCCGCAGUGCGUCUGCCAGCUCCGCCAGCCCGGCCUCCACCUCCUCUGAAGAGGAGUGGAGAGGGGUCACUCUCUCUGGGAAACGUGCUCCUGAUGAAGCAGAGUCCGACAGCUAUGAGGACUACAAACCAGCGAACAAAUCGGCCCGAAGAGAGACUGUGCCGGCCCCAUGGGAGCUACCCACGUCCUACGCCAAAUACACCCCUCCAAACGCUGUUGCCCCGCCUAGUAUGCGUUUUAAUGGAAGUCCACUGAUGCCUCUUCAUGGUGGACUUCCUCUUUACGGUUAUGGCAGCUCUCCUGUUGCACCGGGACACUUCCUGGGCCACACAUACUGGCCCAUACUGCCCAGUGGACGGGUGUCUGUUCAAGCCCCUCCACUUAUUAUGGACCUGGACAAUAUGCUGCAGUCAGUGCCACCAAAUAAAAGUGUGUUUGAUGUUCUCGUGCCAACUAACCAGAACUCCCAUCAUCACCAACCUCCCACUCACUACACCUUGCAAAGUGGACCAUCACUAAACCGAUACCCACAGUAUUAA